AGCAGAGAGGACACACGCGCUCCUGCAACACUAACAGCAGACAGCAGCCCGCCGUUACCUCAAGACCACAGCUCGCGCGCACCUUUACCUUCCUCGGGUUUGCCAAAAAUAAAAGUCAUAAAGUUUUGGAUUAAAACGACACGGAACUACAUUCUGCCUGUUUGUUUUAAGAAACGCCAUGCCAGGGUUUCAUUUACCUCAAACUCUGACAAACUGACAGUUUUGACAGCGCGUGCUCAGAUUCAAACCGUGUCUGCUCACCAACCGUCGCCUCGUUGAGGAAAACCGAUCUUUUGCGCCGGGAACGCGAUUACGCUGCUCAGCAAAUAGUGGCAAGAAGUCUGAAACCACAUGUGCUCGUCUCCAAACCGGAGAGACGCGGUUUCAUUUGUCUUCAGAGAGGAAAAGAGUUGGCUUUAAGCCGCACUGACAGACACAAGGGAAGGACGGUCUCGUGAGAGCGCUGGAGAAGACCAUUGGAAAUUCACGCGGUGCGUAAAAUUCACAUUUAUUCUUGGCACUGCUGUGGGAACAGUUGAAAUAAACGGGAGAAAAUGUAGUCUUUAUGGGUGGUUAUCAGCAUAGCCACUUUUGACGCUAACCAUUCCCGGUGAAUGGCUCUUUAAACGCGGCGAAGGGGGGCGGUAGUUGUGGAGUAUUCAGCAAUGCCAAGUUGAAGGGUCUCGACAUUGUCAGUACUGAUAAACGCUGAAGUGCCCAGCACCGUCUUUAUUAUCAUUGAUGGUCUCUUGGAUAUUUUUAAGCAUCUCCUGUUAGAAAAAAUUGGAGAGAAGUACUGAAUGAAGAUGACGCCUUGACUGGGAUAUUUAUAUAAACCGCGGGCGCACGUGCUGUCAGUCACCUGCUCACAAAGGUAAACGCACCUUUACGCUUAAACACAAUUCAGAAUGAUGGCCAACGGACCCAACAUCGUCUACGAAUGGCUGAAAACCCUUCAACUGUGUCAGUAUGUCGAGGCUUUUGUGGAUAACGGAUACGACGACUUGGAAGUUUGCAAACAAAUCGGAGACCCAGACUUGGAUGCCAUCGGUGUUUUCAUUCCGCAUCACCGCCAGCGGAUUCACGAUGCGGUGCAAAGGUUAAAAGAUGACGAUAAGGAGACGGCUACCGGGCUUUAUUUCACCCUGGAGCCGAUGCCCCCGGUUUCACCUAUAUACACGAGUCGCCUGGUAGAGCAACAUGAGUCUAGGCUGCGGGGCUCCAGGUCAUGGACUGAGCAGUGCAGUGAUAGAGCCGCGCGCAGCGUGGGGUACAUGGGGGCGUCCAGGAAUCUGACGCUUGGGAACCGCAAGGAGCUGGAGAUCUACCCCAAACUGAAGCUGAAGAUAAUGAUCAGGGAUAAACUCAUUAGGGACGGGAUAAACCUCGCCAGGCAGCCAUACUCUAAUAAGAAAUCAGCUGUGGUCUGUCCCUUGUGGUUGAGGCAAAGAGCAGAUCUGUCCAACCCACACUCAAACACACAGGAUGGCUCUCUGGGUAAUAUAGAUGACCUGGCACAGGAGUACUCGGAGUACUACAACACAUACUUCAGCGACGUCAGCGAUCGGAUGGAGGAACUACGCAAGCGGCAAGUCUCUCAAGAGCUAGACAUGGAAAAGGCAGACACCAGCUUGAACUCUUCAGAGAUACGUUCAGACAUCCAGGAAUCGUUUGGAUUUAGCAGUGAGGUGUCUACUCCAGAGGCUGAGAGAAAAAUUCCUCUGCACAAAUCUAGCUCUGAGGAUGGAUCAGGAAAAUGGGACAACAAGAAGAAAAACAAAUCCUUCUGGCAAAACUUCCGAAAGUCACAGAAAGGGGUCACAAGGCAAACUUCAAAAGGAGAGGACAUUGGCUAUGUGGCCAGUGAGAUCACUAUGAGUGAUGAGGAACGGAUCCAGCUGAUGAUGAUGGUGAAAGAGAAGAUGAUCACAGUGGAGGAGGCGCUGGCACGGUUAAAGGAAUAUGAAAGGAACAGACAGUUGAGCAGCAGUACAGACACAGCAGAGUGGACUGAUGGAUCCAGUCCCACUGUUAACGUCUCCUCCGCCUGCAAUUCUGUGGAGCAGUCAGAUGAUGAGCAGGAAGACUCUGUAAAAUUCAAGAGGCUUCACAAACUGGUCAACUCAACUCGACGUGUUCGCAAGAAACUCAUCAAAGUGGAUGACAGCAAAAGACAUGACUCACAAGAUUCGCUCAGUCUGGAUGCAGCUCCCAUAUGCGAUGACAUAAAUGCACUGUAUGCAGAAAUCCACAAGAAGCCGGCCCAGUGCACAGACUCCUCUUUGUCCUCUCUAGCCCAAGAGCAGCUCUCUCUGGAUGGGGACACAGAUAGCCUGACCACAUCACCCUCCACUAGCAGCCUUGAUGCCUGGAAACCUGCUCACAAGUUAGUGAAGACCCCAGGCGCGCAUCCUCACGGCCUUAUCCGCCCUCCACGGAAGAGUAGCGCCGGAUCCGGACUGGGUGUAGUAGGGGGUAGUGGCUCCUCUUUCUCUGAAUUGGAGGGUUUGGGAGACGACAAUGCUAAAGUCUCCCGCUCAGCUACAGACGGAGAGAUGCGGAAGGCCUUAUCAUCUCUAUCUCACGGGAGAACGUGUAGCUUUGGAGGAUUUGACCUGUCUAAUCGUUCCCUCCAUGUGGUCAACACGGCCGAGCCUAGCGAGCAGGAGGCUUUGUACAGGGAUGCUGUGAAAUCUCCCACCACAUCCCGCAUCUCUCUAGGGAAGAAAGUCAAGUCUGUCAAAGAGACUAUGAGGAAACGCAUGUCCAAGAAAUACGCCGGGUCUCUCUCUGAACAGGUACAGUCCAGUCCAGAUGGGACUCCCAGUUGUCCUCAGUCUCCUCAGCCAGACACAGACUCUCUAGAGAAGCCCAAACUCAAGGCAGGAGGGUCUGUAGAGAGUCUCCGCAGCUCCCUCAGUGGACAGAGCUCCAUGAGUGGACAGACUGUGAGCACCACAGACUCAUCAGCCAGCAACAGAGAGAGUGUGAGGAGUGAGGACGGCGAUGAUGAAGAGCCUCCGUACAGAGGCCCAUUCUGCGGCAGAGCAAGAGUUCACACUGACUUCACCCCGAGUCCAUAUGAUACAGACUCACUUAAGCUCAAGAGAGGAGAUGUGAUUGAUAUCAUCAGUAAGCCACCCAUGGGCACCUGGAUGGGUCUGCUCAAUAACAAGGUGGGCACGUUUAAGUUCAUCUAUGUGGAUGUGCUGGCUGAAGAAGAGGAGAAGCCCAAACGAGCGGUUCGGAGGAGGAGGAAGGGCAGGCCGCCCAAACCCAGCUCUGUCGAGGAGCUACUGGAGAGAAUCAACCUGAAGGAGCACAUGCCAACGUUCCUAUUUAAUGGGUAUGAAGACCUGGACACGUUUAAGUUACUAGAGGAAGAAGAUCUGGACGAGCUCAACAUCAAAGACCCCCAACACCGCGCCGUACUGAUGACUGCUGUAGAACUACUGCAGGAUUACGACAGUAGCAGUGACCCAGAGCGCAGUGCCCUCUCUGGCUCUCAGGAGAAACUUCUCUGUGAGGGGCGUGGCCUCAUGGCUGAUUCCCCACGGGACUCUGGUUGCUACGAAAGCAACGAAAACCUAGAGAAUGGUAAGAGCCGCAAGGCGUCGCGCCACAGCCGUGGUUCAUCUGGAUUUGAUUGUGGGGGUGUAAAGUCUACAGACUAUCCCACUCUUCCUAUGACUCGCUCCACUGAAGCUCUUCAGCAGCAGGCCAAGAAGGAACGCAAGUUCCCAAAGACCUUUCUGCCCCGGCCCAUAAAGAGCUUCAGCCUGCGAAGCCUCGGCCUCAAGAAGGGCUCCAAAGCAGGACAAACCUCCUGCAUACCGGUCAGCCGAAGCUGUGAGGAGUUGGACGGCCCCCAGGAGAACCCUGAGUCUUGGAAGCGCUCGCAUUCUCUAGGGGAUAUACACUGGGAGCAGGCCUUCGAUCAAAGGAAGGACCAGUGUGGCAGUGAGGAUGGAGGAAGACCGGAGAGCAACAAAAAGGAAGUGAAGACAGAUCCUGUACAAUCAAAACAGGAUCAGAGUUGUGUUGGAAGAGAGACGGGCUCUCUGCAGAGGCCUCUCGUUCCCACACAGCUUCCUCUCAGCCUGGUCAGUCAAUCGCCUGCCGCUCAGAUUUCAAACCGCCAGCCUGUCUCUGCCCCGACUAGCCCAGCACCACGGACUCACCCUAAAAAGCCGCCUGUCCCACCUCCUGUGCCUGCUAAAAAGUCCAAAGAACGUAUGCCGAAUGGUCUGCGCCACCCUCCACUGGUGCUGUCUGGUUCGGUGCCAAAUACCCCAACUCUACCCCCAAAACCUAUAUAUACUCCAACCACUCCCUCCGAGAGUUCUCCAUCAACUCCAGUAUCACCAGGUGAAUCUCCCGUAGCUCUGAGUCCACCCUGGCUGUCUGACCUGCCUGAAUCAGCAUGUCCUCAGAUCCACGGUGCUAAAGUCGCCCUCAGCAGGAAGAUCUCCCAUGCCAAAAUGCUUGACAUCGAGACUCUGCUGGAGGACAGGAUGCGCUCGGAAGGGAUUGAUCUCACCGAAGAGCCAUACUCCGAUAAACACGGCCGAUGUGGUAUUCCUCAACUCUUAGUACAGAGGUACUCAGAGGACUUCCAGCAGCCAGUGAAGGAAGUGGCGUCCAGUCUGGAUCAGAUCAGAGUUAAACAACUCCGCAAGGAGCACCGCAUGGCUAUUCCCUCGGGAGGUUUGACCGACAUGUGUCGGAAGCCGGUGUCUCCUGUUCAUGUGAGUUCUGUGUCCGAUUGGCUGGUGUCGAUCGGAAUGCCCAUGUAUUCUGCUCCUCUAUUGGCUGCAGGCUUUGACACGCUGGGUCGCGUUUCGUCCUUAAACGAGGCAAGAGCGAGAGAAGCUGGCCUGAAGGAGGACCAUCACAUACGUAUUCUUCUCAGCGAAGCCCAACUAGUCACAGCCAGCAGCUCAGGACAGUCAUAAUAGUAAUAUGAGCUAUUAUGAACUAGAAUAAAUGGAUCAAACUCUUCUGCCAGGUGAAGGGACAGACCUGGACAACAGCUGCCGAAUUUUUCCCCAACAUUUUUGUCUUAUAAUCUCAAGCCUUUUUGGCAUUUACAGAAAUGACAGAUCUGGCUUCCAAGGACUGUUAUUGUGGGCCUAUCAACAGAUAGUUGUUUUGGCCUGAAAGGACCGCCUGUCGAAAGAAAGCACACUUUUUUCUGAAAAUUUAUGCUUUUGUAUGAAUUUAAAGACUGUUCUGAAACAUUUCUCGCUUUUUCAGGAAGCGUGAGAUUUAUUUAGAAAAAAUACCGUAAAGGAAAAAAAGGUUUCGUGCUUAUUGAAGCACAUCAAUAUCAAGAGUAUGUCACCUGGCCAAAGCAAUGUCAUUUCAUGCAGGUUUUGUUAAUAUAAUACUACUUUAUCUUUCAAAGCAUACAGUAUGUAUAUGAGGUGAAUCAAGUAAAAGGGUGUUUCUCAAAUUCCCAAAAGCAUGAUGUUGCCAUAUGGGGAUAUUCAGAGCAAUGCACAUUUUGAUUUUAGGCCAAUAGUUGGUCACGGUUUUAGCAAGUAUGUACUAUGUUUGUACAAACCGUUUCAUUUGUUUCUUUCUUCAUGGCUAGCAUCACUCCUUAUAUUAAGCAUAAUAUAAUACUUUAUACAACACAUUUAAUCUUCCCUGUCAAUAUUCAACACUUACUCGGCUGUCGCGGCAUAUCAGAGUUUAUUACUGUAUCAAUAUGUUGCCUGUUAUCUUGAAAAUUAUACUCAUGCAUAUUGUUUACCUCUCAUUAUACUCAUCUCUGAUGCGACUGAUGCAUCACACAGCUGUAAUAUUCUUGCUGGAGUGAAAUGUGUACAGGUGUUUAUUUUUUGUUUUAUUUAAUUUUUUUUUAUGCCCCAGAUUGCCUUGCACUUUGACUGGGGUGUUGAACACACUUUGAAUCAGAAAAAGCCUCAAGCUCUUGAAAGCACACAGUCUUAGCCUUAAAAUACAAAUCAAAACUGAAAAUGAACAACUUCAAGGAGCGUUCUGACACUAGUGACCUACACAGACUGGGGCUUCAGCCACGAUUUAAAAAUUGGGAAGAAAGAUCCAUGAAGCAUCAUUUAUUUAUAGAUUUGUCAAGUGAAAUUCAGUCACAUUUCAUCACUGGGUCUGAUUUACAAUUAUUUUUUUGUAUUAUUUUUUUGUCAUCCAGAACACAAUGCAAAUGACGUGUGUGUUUCAGGGAGAAUAAGGUGUGUUAUGUGGUAAUUGUGGAUGGACACAACUUUUCUUACUUACAUCUGGCGUUGGGGAAAGAACAGAACAGCAUCUGGCAGGCUCCCUUCUAAAUGAAAGCUGAGCGUGAAGUACGAGGUUAGCUGACGUCAUUACAGCUCACAAAUUUAAAGCAUUGCAUUGCUCCAAAUUAAGCACAAUGAAGAGUUUCACCCACAAUCACUCUCAAGCUGUUUCUAAUUGAGCGGCUGAGGUGAGAAUUCAGCUCGUUUCAGUACAUUCAGAUGCUUUUAAAGGUCUUUCAGUUUUCUAGUUAAAGAAAGACACCAGUCAUGCUUCCCCAAGGCCUUGUAGUUUUAGGAAAUGGUGUCUUUUUGAACACUCACUUUAGAAUUGUAUUUCUCCCUCAUGCCAUUUACUCUUGUAUGUAACGCAGCACAAUUUAUAGACCAUAACGCUCAAGAUUUUAAUGAACGCUUUAAAUAGCAGUAGAGAAUCGAUAGAUUUCUUUAUAUCAGAAUGGUUGCCUUCAGAUUGCUAUCAGAAGAGUGCUUUGAUAACAAUGAGGCUUUUUAUGUAUUUAAAAUCAAAAAUAUAUUUCAUGAAAUGUUACUGUAAAAAAUGCACUUUAUUAAAGAUUGAAAAUUGUUUUUUAAUUCCAUUGUGGAGAAAAUGAGAUUACAAAGAUGGGUGAGAUCGACACAUUUACAGUUUUUUAAUAUGUUUGUUUUCAGGUCAAAUGUUGAUGGUUGAGUUGAGCUGUUUAAAUAUCAAAUCUGUUAAAAAAAUAUAAUCACUUGUUAAUUAAUUACAGAACUAACCAUGACCAGAACUUAAAUGAUAUAAAACUGGGUCUUAAUUACAUAUAUGAAAUGAUUAACUGAGGUUGCACAUUCUGUAUAUGUAAUUGAUAUUUAAAUAACUUAUUUUUGCUUUUACAUUAAAUGUAAUUAUUAGCUGUAUUAUACAUCAUAGAGCAAUACUCUUUCACCUAUAGUUAGCAAGUGACAUGCUCCAGUGACCAUUGUAAAAUACAUGUAUAAAGAUGAUUUUAUCUGGUUUCAGUUCGCUAAUGAUUGUCCAUAAAGGUUUUGCUUGUGUAUUUACAAACAAAAAUGUCUUAAAAUAUUUGUCCCUUUGAGGUGUAAUAAAAAAAAGAAUAUCCUAAA